UUUAAGACCAAGGCCCGCGGCUGCUAUCGUGUGAGUUCCUGUACGCACGCGCAAUUGCGUCUGAGCAGCGUUUGUGCCCUCUGGGUGUUCGGGAGGUCGGCGGCGAGGAGCGCUGGGUGCGGGAGCGAUGGGGCUCGGAUCGAACUCCUCCGUGCGGGUUGAAUGGGUUGCUGCAAUCUCUUUAGCUGCAGGAGCAGCUGCUGUUGGAUAUCUAGCAUACACAAGAUUCCUCUCUAAAGACAAAUGCUGCAAGGCAAUGGUAAAUCUCCAUAUACAGAAAGAUAACCCCAAGGUAGUCCAUGCAUUUGAUAUGGAAGAUCUGGGAGACAAAGCUGUGUACUGUCGUUGCUGGAGAUCUAAGAAGUUUCCAUUAUGUGACGGUUCUCACACGAAGCACAAUGAUGAAACUGGGGACAACGUUGGGCCUCUGAUCAUCAAGAGAAAGGAAGCAUAAACGGGAUGGUUUGAGGCCAUGAUUUGUCACAUUAUCUGCUUAUCUGUAAUUGGAGUAAAGAAGUUCUGUCUUAGUCAUGUCACUGAAGAUUUUUGGGUGUGGUACAAAGUAGGCUCCAACAUGUGUAUUUCAUGGUGCUUGCCUUGUUUUAAACACUAAAUGUAAAAUAUUAAUGGCUUAAGGCUAUUUGUCUCCUGAACUGUGUAUACAUUUUCAUUAAGUAUGAAAUUAAAGUGACAAUUGUACUCAGAACUGUAUGAAGAUAAUAUAUUAAAUUAUUCUCAAAUA